CAGACAUGCUGCAGCGCCUCGAUCUCGCAGCCGACGCCGAGGCCCGCUUGCAGGAGCUACUGGCACCGACGCUUGGCUUGCCGUCGACGCAGGACCAGUUCCGCACGGGGCGCCGGACGCUCAAGAAGAUCGAGAAGGCCUACGAUACCUUGUCCGCGCUUGACGUGCCCUUCGCGCUCAUUGAAGAAGGGCUCGCGCAUGCCAACGACGCCGCCGGCGCGCUCCGCUACAUCUGCUUGUACCACUCGAGCGGCGACCUGCCAUCGCGCUUUCGCGCCAAUGUGCCCAAGCCGCCGGCCGACGAAGUGGCCUUGGAGGUCGUCGCGGCGCAGCCACGACCCUUGGACCUGGAAGCGCCACGGCCACCGAUCGCGACGCCGGUCGUCGCUGCGCCCAUCGUCGACGCAGCGAGCCUCGCCGCGACAGAGGCCAAGGAGCACGCGGACCGAGCGAAAGAGUGGACGCGCCGGUACAUGGAGCUGCAAGCGCAGGCCAACAGCGACGAUGAGGAUGACGAUGACGAGAGCCAGCUGUCGCCCGAGGCGCGCAUGUGGAAGCUUGAAGUGGCCUGCGCAAAAAGCGUCGUCGAGGCGCAGCGCGCCAAGCGCGACGGCGGCGAUGCCAAGCGAUGGAACUCUGGGAUCGCACGCCUCCGACGCGAGAUGCGCGAGCUCGAGCUGUACGUGGACCGCGCCAAAAUGGCGCCGGUGCCCACAUUCGAGCUGGAGGACACUGCGACUGCAGCACCGCCGGCACCCGCUGCGAAAUCAACGAAAAGCGUCAACAACGACAACGACAACGACGACGACGACGACGACGAGGGCGGUGGCUUGUUUGGCAUGCUCGAAGAGAGCGCACCUAUGGCCGUGGCCGCACCGACCGUUGUCGCCCCCGUGCUUGCGCCGAUCGACACCAACAUUGGCGGCAAGUGGACGGGCAAGUCGCCGCGCGUGCAGCUGCAAGACUACUGCCGCAAGCAAAAGUGGCCUACACCUGCCUUCACCCAAGACAAGGCGGCUGGCAAAUUCAGCUUCUCGGUCUCUGUGACGCCGAGCGCCAAAGCCAAGUCGAAGGCUGUCGCCAACGUCGUUUCGCUGCCGGGUACCUUGUACGCGACCAUGGACGGUGCCAAAGAUGCGGUGUCGACGCGCGCCCUCUACGAGCUCGCGCCCCAUUUGCCGCUGCACCGGGGCUUCCCGCCCUUCUUCCGCGACAUGUGGCUUGAAUGGGAGCGAAUCAAAAACGAUGCCAAGGCAGCGACGCAGUCGGCGUCACGGUCGUCCAAAGACGCGAUUGUCCAAUCGCUCUUUCUUCUCUGCAAGGACGACGACACGGUCGACGUGUCGGCGGAGACGACUGUUCGCACCAAGCCGCCGCCGGUACCUGCCGCUGUCCUCGACGCGUGGGACGACGAUGACGACGACGAUGACGACGAUACGGCAAGCGGUGCCGUCGCGGACGACUGGGAAGCGACAGUCGCUUCGCCGCGUGCGCCGGUGACACCCGUAGUCGAUGAAUGUCUCCAGGCGCAGUGGCGGGACCGUGUCCGUAGCGCCAAGUACCAGAGUUUUGUGGCCAGCCGCCAUGCGCUGCCCAUGGCCGCCUACCGAACACAGAUCCGUGACGCACUCGCGUCACACUCGGUCGUCCUCAUCUCGGGCGAGACGGGCUGUGGCAAAAGUACUCAAGUGCCCCACUAUCUCCUCGAUGACCUCCUCUCGGCCGGCCAUGCGUCGGGCUCGAUCAUCUGCACGCAGCCGCGCCGCAUCGCUGCGAUCGGGGUCGCCGAGCGUGUCGCCAACGAGGUCGGCGAGGUUGUCGGCAAAGGCUACGUGGGGUAUAGCAUCCGCCUCGAGCAGCGCAAGAGCGCGCAGUGCAAGCUUCUCUUUUGCACGACGGGUAUCUUGUUGCGGCAGCUGCAGUCCAACCCGACCCUCGACGGCGUCAGUCACGUCAUCGUCGACGAGAUCCACGAGCGCGACGUCCAAAGUGAUGUGUUACUCGCGCUCCUCCGGCGCCUGCUGCGGCGCGGCGCGCAGCUCAAGAUCGUCCUCAUGAGUGCGACGCUCAACGCCGCUCAGUUCCAACGCUACUUUGACGACUGUCCGCUCCUACAAGUGCCCGGUCGGCUCUUCCCUGUCGAUGUCAAGUAUCUCGAAGACGUCUUUGAGGCCACGGGGCACAUUGUCCACGACGGGUCCAAGUACUGCCUUCCGGACGGGCAUUCCACGCAGCAGUCGAAAGUCUCAGUGUCGAGCCGCGGCGGCAACGUCAACCAAGUGACGCUGUCGUGGUCGAGGCGUGACAUAGCACCGACGUCAUGGGCGGAUGAAUCGGACCACGACGCUAAUGACGAAGACGGAUACUCGGCGCGGACGCGCGAGAUGCUGGCCAAGGUCGAUGCGUCCGUCAUCAACUACGAGCUCAUUGAAGACCUUGUUGCGCAUAUUCUGUCGUCGCCCGACCACGACGGCGCGAUUCUGGUGUUCUUGAGCGGCCGCGGCGAGAUCCGCGCGCUCAUUGAGCAGCUCGAUGGCAACCGCGAGGUUGCCACCCGCUGUGUGCUUCUGCCAUUGCAUGCGUCGCUCUCGUCGGCCGAGCAACAGCGCAUCUUUGAGUCGUACCCGCGCAAGACCAAGGUCAUUGUGAGCACGAACCUCGCCGAAACGUCGCUGACCAUCGAUGACGUCACGGUUGUCAUUGACGCGGGUCGCGUCAAGCAGAUGCGUCAUGACGUCAAGACGCAGACGUCGUCGCUCACGGAAGUGUGGAUCGCCAAGGCCAACGCCAACCAACGGGCGGGCCGCGCCGGCCGUGUCCGACCCGGGGUGUGCUACCGCCUGUACCCGAAAGCUACGUUCGAGUACGAGCUCCAGGCGCAGCCCGUGGCUGAGAUCCACCGUGCGCCGCUCACGUCCCUUGCGCUGCAGCUGCACACGUUAGUCGGGUGUGACGCGCCGUCGUUUUGGGCCGACUUGCUCGAGUCGCCUGCCGAGCAAGCGAUUCUGGAUGCGACCAACGAGCUCUCGCAGCUAGGGGCCCUCACGCCGCAGGACACGCUCACCGCGUUGGGCGAGCACCUCGCCGCCUUGCCGCUCGACGUGCGCGUCGGGAAGCUGCUUCUCUUUGGCGCCAUCUUUCAGUGUCCAUCUCCGAUCGCCAUCAUCGCAGCCAUCCUUGAAACCAAGAGCCCGUUCGCGGUGCCGUUUGGGUCCGAGCGGGACGCCAAGGCCAAGCGUGCGCUGCUGGCAAGUGCGAGCCAGAGCGACCUCUUGACCGACUUGGCGGCCUACGACGCGUGGCAGCGGUCGACAGACCGAGCCGGGUUCUGCCGUCGCAACUACCUGCACCCGGCGGCCCUCGAAGAGAUCCGGAAGCUCGCCGCGUCGUUCGAGCAGCUUCUUGUCGAGCUCCAGUUUUUGCCGCGCGACUAUAUGAAGCAGCGAGCGCGCUCGAAUGGCUACGCCAACGACGAGGCGGUCGUCGCUGCUGUCGUGGCCUCGGGUUUGUACCCGAACGUGGUCGACGUGCAGGUGGAUGCAAGCAGUGGCGUGGUCCGGUUUUGGGAACGGAAGAAGCAAGUGUAUUUGCAUCCGUCGAGCGUCAACCACGGCCGCAAGACGUUCUUGACGCCGUACCUUGGCUACCACCUCAAGCUCCAGACGUCGCGCGUCUACGUGCCAGUCUCGAGCAGCAUCACGCCGUAUGCGCUGGCCUUGUUUGGUGGCGCGGUCGACGUCGAUGUCUUACAGCCCACGCCGGCGCUGGUCGUCGAUGGGUGGCUCUCGAUUCCGGCGAGUGCCCGCACUGCGAUGCUCGUCCUUGAACUCCGAAAGUGUCUUGCCGACCUCCUCCAACGCAAAAUCGAUGCCCCGGGGUGCGACGAUGCGCUGGCCAAAGACGCGAUCGAGGCCAUGGCGCUGCUCUGGAAGAACGAGCUUGACCAAGUCCCGUCGUCUUCCUAAAUGCUGAUUGAAGCGCGUUUACGUAUUGGUGCUCGUACGCCUUGUCGUUGAUAACCAAGAACACAUGGUGUUGAUCGCAUGGCUAUCGC